CUAUUGGGCUACAGUGGGCCCCGCGCGCCGCCUCGUUUGUACGGUAGCCGAAGAGGGUCAAAGCAUAACUUAGCGCGAAGCAGCCUGUCCGCCUUUCCCGUGGUGUGGCCUCCUCCGGCGCCUGUUCGGCCAUGGCUCAGAGCGCGCCGCCGCCCUUCGACCCCAACAACCCGCCCUUGAUCGAGGGCUUCACGCCAACCGCCUACCACCCGGAGGAGGGGUUCGGGGACAAGUUCCGGCGCAAGACCCGCGAGAAUCCGCUCGUGCCCAUCGGAUGCCUUGGCACAGCAGGAGUUUUGGCCUAUGGACUCAUCUGCUUCAAGAAGGGAAAUACCCUGCAGUCCCAGAGGAUGAUGCGGGCACGUGUUCUAGCCCAGGGCUUCACCGUCGCAGCCAUAUUGGUGGGUGUGGUGGUUGCGUCAAUGAAACCAAAGAAGUGAACCUGCUACUGUUGUGCAGCCACGUGUGGCUAUCCAGUAUCAUACUGAGUCUUUCUGCAAUGGAGAGGGUGCUUUCCACACCUUGUGUGGUGAUAUUUUGUAGUGACCAUCAGGUGCCAGAUGGUUCCGUUAAAUAUAUAUAUACUCUCACACACAUACAUAAAGCAGUGUUCACUUAUUCAAGUAAUUAAACCUUGACACUGGUAUAUAAGGAUUUUUCUGCACUGAUAUUAUUAUGACAGGCAGCGAGCGUUUUGCACAUGUUCAAUUGACUCCCCAAGCGUCACUCUUGGAAAUGACCAUCCAAGUAGGACCAGAACCACUGCAAAGUGGUGCCACCCACCCUUGAGUCAGACAACCGCUCCAGAAGGAUACCAUCGUUGAUUGUAUUGAAAGCCACUGAGAGGUUGAGGAGAAUUAACAUGGGCACAUUUCUCCUGUCUCUCUCCCAACAAUCAGGGCAAGGCCACCCCCAAAGAAGAUGUUAUGAGGGUGGCCCUUGCCCUUGCCUCCCCACAAAGUGGCACCACCAUUGGCCCACGUCUUUAUGUAGCCCUUACUCCCCUGCUAGAAUGAGCCCAGGUGGGUUUUUAAUCAGUCAGUCAGCAGAUUGUGGAGUGUUGCAAGCUUCCCUCUGUCCGCUAAAGGUGCAAAAAGGCCAGCUUCUUCAAGAGGAGGCAGCAUUCCAGCAGCUGUGGAGGAGGACCAGAUAAACAGCUCACCUCCUCCAUUGAUGGGCUCUGGCUGCUGCUACCUCCAAGAACAGUGUCCGUUCUCUCUUAUAUAGCCUUGUCGUAAAGCUGGUUUGGCUGACAAGGCCAAUCAAUAUAUUGGAGUAAAAGUUAUUAGUAAA